AUGUCUCUCAAGGCCUCUCUCAAACACAUUGCCUGCCCGGCUGGAUCCCAGUGCUCAGCCUUCGAGUGCCUCUUUGGAAGUCACGGCAACGGCACGGAUAGCCCUGAAGCGUCGACUGGGCCAAGUUCCACUCAAGAAGGUGCAACAAUGGCAUCGGGUAGCGGCUCCAAUACUGGUGGCGUUAGAGAAGCCAUGCAUCUGGAUCGACCUGAGCCAACUUCAUCUUCGACCGUGGCCAACCCACCCGGGAGCCGCCUAGCACAUGCCGCCAGUCACACAAGUCUAGCACCGUCGAUCCGCUCUAUGAAACGACCCGUAUCACCGGCCAAGCCAAAGACCGCCCCGGCCCCGACCGCGGCCGUACCGGUGAAGCAGGAAUCGCUCAAUCCGCGACUGCUCAAGCAUUCGCCUGCCAGCCAUGAGAUGAGGCUGAAGCUGGUCAAGAUGCUUCACAAGAAAUACACGGAACACAAUGACCGACUAAAACAAGACGCCAAAGACAAUCAGCAGCGACUGAUCCUCUCAGACCAGGCCAUCAUCACGCGUGUACUCGACGAAGAAGAAGCCGUGGCUGUAGGCAAGGCAGCGGUGUACAGCAACAUCAUGAAGAACAUCAUUCUCAAAUACACUCGUCUUAAACCCAAGGAAUGGAUCAGUGAGCGCGAAAAGGAGAUGCCGCCGAGCAAGAAGCGCCAGCGCGACGUCAUGGAAGGUAAUGCCGUCAUCGUCCAGACUGGCCUGACCUCUGCCCAGGAAGUUACGCUCCUCCGCCGCCUCCUCACGCCAGUCGAUGCCCUCGCCGAUAUGGGCUAUGUCCCCAGGGCGCCCACGGAGGAGGAAGUGACCAAGUCCAAAGAGGGUGUCGCUGGCGCCGAUAAUUGGGAAGAGUGCGACCGCUGUGCGCAGCGGUUUCAGGUGUUUGUCGGUCGGCGCCAGGAGGACGGCGCCCUCACCUCAGGCGGCGCGUGCAACUUUCACUGGGGCAAGAUGUCCUUUCCCGAAAAGGUCCCCGGCGACCACGGCCAGCAGCCGAAGGUCUGGCUCUGUUGCGGCGAGCAUGUUGGCGAUUCGGUCGGCUGCUUCACCCACCCGAACCACGUCUUCAAAGCCAACAACCCGAGCCGUCUCGCGUCUGUGCUCAACUUUGCGACCACGCCUGAGAACCCUGCAGUGCCAACAGAUCGUGCUGUGUGCUUUGAUGGUGAAAUGGGCUAUACUGUCUACGGCAUGGAGCUCAUUCGCCUCACAGCCACAUCCUGGCCUGACGGCGCCGAGAUUCUCGACGUCCUCGUCUGCCCCCUUGGCGAGAUUCUCGACCUCAACACCCGCUUCUCGGGUGUCAAGCCUGACCACCUCGCCCAGGCCGAGGCCUGGCGUUCCGGCGAUCCCCUCGUUCCCCCCACCAGCGGCGACUCCGAAGAAGGUCAAGCCAUUAAGAAGAGACUCAGGGUCGUGUCCUCGCCCGCUGUGGCGCGAGACCUGCUCUUUUCGCUCCUCUCGCCGUCGACGCCGCUCAUCGGCCACGGCCUGGAAAACGACCUGAAUUCGGUGCGCAUCAUUCACCCGACGCUCUUCGACACCGUGCUCGCGUUCCCGCACAAGAAGGGCCUGCCGUCCCGCAACAGUCUCAAGCAGCUCAUGAGCACGCUUCUGAACCGUAAGAUCCAGGAACACCAAGGGUCCGACAUGGUCGGGCACGAUUCGGCCGAGGACGCGCGCGCCGCCGGUGAGCUCGCGCGACUCAAGGUGGCGCGGGAAUGGGCCGACAUGAAGAGGGCCGGCUGGAAGGUCGUCGACGGCGAGUUUGUGUCACCGACGGCCGUGGGCGGUGCCGGGACAUCUAACAACAGCGGAGCUGGUGCCUUGACGGAGGCGUUUAUUGAGAAAGAUGCCGAAAAAGCGGCAGACGAGUGGUUGGCAGCUAACAUGUAG